AGAGUGAGUUACCGACACAACACUUAAGUACUCCCUCCCUCCCUCCCUUUCUCCCUCCUCUGCUUCCCUCCGCUAACCACGCCCUCCCCUCACUGCCCUCCCUUCCCUCUCUCGUCUCCGCCCGUCCCAAGCCUCUAAUGAGACGAGAGGACACACAAACAAGCACAAUAACAAGACAGGACCAAGCCAUCGAUAACUUCUGCAGGAGGGGCGGAGGGGACCACACCACGCCUCCGUCAGACAAACAAUGAAGGCUCUGGUGUCGUGGUGGCGCUGUCUGAUGGUGCUGGUGGUAGUGGUGGUGCUGGUGGUGAAGGUACAAGGAAGUCUUCACAGUGCCCUCAAGACGUACAUAGAAUCACAAGCUACUGACGAAGGAAGUGCCCGAAGGAGGGAAGUGUCACGAAGUCCUAAGCAGGUUUUGGAAGGAAGAAAGGAAACGGAUGUAGGAUUCAGGACUCAAAGGCGAAAGUUGUUGGGAAAUCAGGUGGAAAAUGAGAUGAAAGGACAGGAAAUAUUGGUGGAAGACUGGAAAACAACAGGACAUGGACAAAACAAAAUGGAAGGCACCCCAGACGCGCCUUGGGUGGAGCUCUCCGGGGCGGUGGACCACACUGGGGUGACUGUCUGGCUGCAGGGACGCGAGGUGUACAAAAGGCGUAACAUCCUGAGAGAGUGGGCGGGGGAGCAGCGGAGGUACCAUGCAGGUGUACACAUCAUCGCCCUUCACCAGAGUAGCGGCAAGAUGAUGCAGACGCGACAGUUUCUUACAUGGCAACCAACGGCUCAUAGAAUGCUGGCGGAGGCUCUGAGGGCACUACAGGAAGGGCGGCUGGUGCUGGUGCUCGGUGCGCCGGACUACCUCAGUUGGCUUAAUGUAGAAGGCACGAAGGCACUCAAAAACCUCGGGGCGCUGCAGGGACUGAAGGCGGUGAAGGAGGAGGCGUGGGUGUUUCUAGCGAGGAAGGGACACGGGGCGCUCUUCGAAACUCUCAUCACUGCCAGGAACUACACGUCGAAGAUUGUGUCUCCUCUCACCUUCUCCGUCAGUCUCCCUCGCUACCCAGAGCGCCACUGUCCCUGGUACCAAAACACGAAAUUUGCCGCUCAGAUGGAGUUUUGUGAGACCUACGAGGGUUACGGUGAGAUGUGUGACUGUCAGAGGCCCGUCCACCUGAACCGCACCGCCUCACCACACCUGUCCAUGGAAGAGGUGAUCCCCGUGGCCCUGAUCACAGCCUCCAGGUUCCCGAAGGUGGCCCAGCAGGUGAGGACGCUGUGGGAGAACCCCGGGGGAAGCCAGACGCCCCUCGUGAUGCUGGUGGACGGCGCGCACCACGAGGCGGAGGCUUUAGGGAGACUACUCAAUAUUACCGUAGUGACGCACAAUAAUACAGCCACGCAAGGCACCAAAGAGAGAGUGAACAAGCACGUCAAAUUCUCCAUACAGACAAUGUUCGAUACCUUCCCUGACGUGGACAAAGUCAUUUUCGUAGAGGACGACCUGGUGCUUUCUAACGACUUCAUCAGUUACUUCCAGCAGACAUCUGUUCUCCUAAGCGUGGACCAGUCAAUCCUGUGUGUCAACGCCUACAACUACAACGCCUUCCCUCACACGGCCAGCGACCCGCACCGCAUCUACCGCGUGCAGUCCUACCCUUACUACGGCUGGAUGACGCGCCGCCCCACCGCCGCCCGCAUGCUGUCCCACUGGCCGCCCCCCCACAAGGAAGCAGACUGGGACCUGUACAUACGAUACAAACUCAUGACGGACCAGACAAGCGUGAUCAUUCCAGAGGUUCCCCGCACAAAACACGAGGGCGGGGCGGGCGUGCACGUGUCGGGGCUCGAACAGGAGUCUACGUACAGCAAGCGGCCUCUCAACACUGUGCCGCAGCCCACCCUCAACCUACGGCGCCACUGGGACCCCGCUUACUCUGUUGAUUUGAUGGCUAAGAUACUGCAGGGGAAGGUUGUCCAUGUUACCACUCAUCCUUGUAUUGCCUCACCUGUCCCCAAGUACCAGAGCAACAUAACCCACAUCAUCUACAUCAGCCUCGCUGGAGACGGAGGCAACACAGACUCCUUCACUGUUCUGGGCAAGUGUUUGGGCUUCUAUUACAAUGGACUUUUCGAGAAUUACCGGUCGACUUUUUCUCUCAAGUAUUUCGAGACGCCUCUCAUUCUGGUCUCCUGCUACAGCUCCGUGUAUUGCGUGGACGUGCCCCGCAGCCUGGUGUUCGCUCCCUCCAAAGCUGCCCUGGAGUUCGCCACGGUACACUCCUGGCGCCAUACGAAUGAGCUGGCGGUGGAGAUGUGGCGCAUCCCCCCUCGCUCACUGCUGGAGGAAGUGACCCUGGACAACGUGGCGGGGUUCGAGGUGAUGCUGAAGGUGUGAUGAGUGGCUGGAAUGCGCUUUGAUUCCAUUUCCUUUAAUUUUUUUAGUUGUUUUAUGUAUUUGUGUUUUGCUUAUUUUUCCAUCCUUUCUAUUCUACAUUUAUCUAUAUAUUUGUUUUUCUAUAUAUUCAGUUAUUUAUAUAUUCUGUGUCAUCUUUGUUCUUUAUGUAGGAAGUGUUCUGGUCAAGGACAACAAAAAUACCAAAAAGAAAAAAAAAAACCCGCACACUUCAAAAAUUAAAUGAAUAAAAUUAUGAUAAAAAG